GAAUGAUUACAAAACAAAACAAACUUGUGUAUUGAAUCAGUCGUUUCAAUCUUUAUAAUUUAUCAUGGAAGUGGUCGCCAACAGUUAUAUGCCAGGCGAUCCUAGACUGAUAGACCAGAUCGUGUACGAACUAAAGUCUCAAGGUAUUUUCGAUCAGUUCCGUAAAGAGUGCAUAUCCGAUGUGGACACGAAACCCGCUUAUCAGAAUCUCAGGCAACGUGUGGAAGGAAGCGUCACCAAUUUCCUUAAACAGCAAACUUGGAGACCCGACAUGAACAAAAACCAGGUGCGAGAAAUGCUCAGGAAAAACAUACAGGAGCUGGCGUAUUUGGAACCGGGGGUGGAACGCGUUGUUGACCAGGUGGUAAAUCCGAAAAUCAACUCGGUGUUCUUGCCUCAGGUGGAGGAUGUGGUGUACAGAUUCAUGGGCAUUGAGAAGCCGAACCGUGACAAUAAAAAAAACCCCUUAAAAAUCAUAACUCAAAACGACCUCCUACCCACAGAUUUGGAGGCCGUGUCGCCCGAAUCCAACCACUCUAAUCAUUUCGGUGAUUCCAGUAUGGACCACAGUAUGGACCAGACAAACCCAGAUGAUUCCAAAGUGGAAGAGGAUGAGAGUCCACCAUUUGAACCCCUGGAUGGACAGGAGACCUUCCCACCACAUGAGGAGAACUCUGUUGACUCACACAUGUCUGGAUUUUCAGGUUUGGCGAGCCACGAUUCGAACCACAGUGUCGACAUGAAAAGCCUGCAGAUGGAUUGUUCGAACCAGGAUUCGCACAUCUCGCAAAAUAGUUCCGAAAGCCGACUAUCGAUUAUCACGUCCGAGGAGAAUACAAAGAUGGAGAUUUGCGACGAGUCGAGCCAGACGAAAGUCACACCCAGCAACAACGUCGACACUAACGCGGUUGAUUCUUCCGAUGCUGUCGUGUCCACAACCAACGAAAAGAAGGAAGAUAAAGAACGGGACGGAAAGGAAAGGAAGGAAAACAAGAACUCCAGCUCCAGUUCCCACGACAAAAAGUCAAGGAGUUCGGAUAAAUACAAGUCAUCAAAGGACAAAGAAAGGGAUAGGAAAAGCAGCACGAGUAAAGAUCACAGUAGUAGUAGCAGCAAGGAUUAUAAAUCGAGACACUCUAGCUCUAGCAGUUCCCGAGACAAAGACAAGGACAAGGACAAAGACAAGGACAAGGACAAAGACAAGUAUAAAGACAAAAAAGAUCACAGGAGUAGCAGCAGUAGUAACAAAGACAAGGACAAAAGCAAAAGUUCCUCAUCAAGUAGCAGCAACAGACACAGCAGUUCUUCCUCCAGCAAGGACAAAAGCAGCACGUCCAAGUCUUCCUCGUCGUCUUCCUCAAAGGACAAAGACAAGUCGAAGUCUUCCAGCAAUCACAGGGAUAGUCACAAGUCGAGUGGCGACAAGCAUAAGUCGUCCAGCUCAGAUAGGUCGAAAAGGGACGACCGUUCGAGCAGCAGCAGCAAGAAGGACAAGGAGAAGGAUAAAGACCGAAAGCGGGACUCGAGAAAAAGCAAAGACGACCACUACAGUUCGAAGGACAAGAAAUCGGACCGCCGAUCUACCGAUCGCGACUCGAACGACGGCCAGUCGAGCAAACAGUCGAACAGCUCGGCCGAGCAACGUUCGUCGCAGUCGCAGAAAGGCAGUCAGGAUUCGUCCGGUUCGAAUAGCGGCAACGGCUCGGGGGAUUCCGGCAAUUCUGACCAUCCCGAACAGGUAAGGACGUUGGAACUGUACGACUCGGAGGUGGUCAUAGCCGCGCCGAAAAUGAAGCUGUACAAACCCAAGUUCGCCUCCAACAUCUACGAGGCGCGCAGACUGAUGAAGAUCAGAAAGAAGCUGGCGAGGAUGGAGCAACAGCAGCAGGAGCUCGGCCUGUCGAGUGUGACCGAACCGGUCGAGAACGAGGAGGAAAGCGAGGAAGGCGAGGUCGAGCUGAAGAGCUCGACGAUCAGCCAGGAGAGUUUCGAGGCGCUGGAGGCGAGGCUGCUGGAGGAGAUGUCCAGCAUUAAUUACGACUCGUACGGAUAUCCGGACGAGGACGAUUUGAGUCCAGUCAAAAAUGGCGCCAUAACGGAAGUGGUUCAAAAAUCCGGUAACUUUUCGAAACGAACUGUCAACGAGGAGCCGAACGUCGAUAAAAGGAAGAAAAGUAUGGCGAUUAAAUUUAUCGAACCCGCUUCCCCAAAAGAGGAUUCGGAUGAAAAUGAAUGCAGAUAUUUGGAGGCUAACACUCCCAAUAACACUGAAAAACUCGCUGAGUUGACGAAUAUCAUAAACAAAAUGGAGGAUGAUAUAAUCAAAAAAACAACCAGAAACAACUGUCAUAAGCGUAAACUGGAGAGUAAAGUAAGCAAUAGAGAGGUUCCAGUGUUGAAGAAAACUAGAAACAACAUUAAUAAUAACAACAACAAAAUAAUGAGUACAGAGCUGUUGAACAAUAAUUUUUCGUUACCCCUUAGCCCAUCGAGUAGCGAGGCGAGCGAUAAGAAGGAGGACCUCGCGAGCACUCCUUUAAAACCCAAGAGAAACGCCGCCCAAAAGAACAUGAACCAAAGGUACUCUAGUGACGAUUUGUAUAAGCCUAGGCCAAUGUUCGCUAGUUCUCGUCGUAGAGCUGCCAGAAAGGUUGAUUGAUCUAGGGCGCUCUAUAGGUUUAAAGUCAUUUAAGCCUAUAGACAUUUGUUCAAUUUCUAUCAAUUGUAUAUUGUUCUUGUAACAUUAAUUAUAAUUUAAUUGAUGCAUUGACGAUUAUAAAUUUGUAAUUAAUUGAAUUUUCUUAUUUGAAAUAAGAAUUAAUAAAUAUUUUUUAUACGA